AUGUCUGCGCCCUGUGAGUUGUAUUGUUGGAAAGGCAAUUGGGGUUUGCCAUCCGUUGACACCGACAGUCUCAUUGUGUUGGCAUAUGCUCGAUUUGCAGGUGCACCCCUCAAAAUUCACAAGGUCACCAACCCUUGGAGAAGUCCAACAGGGUCCCUGCCAGCCUUGACUAGUACAGAUGGAAGCUUCUCUCAACCCAGUAAGAUCAUCAUUCAGCUCAGGAAACAGAAAUACAACGCAGACUAUGACCUGUCUGCAAAAGAGGGAGCAGACACACUUGCUUUCAUCUCCCUGCUGGAGGAGAAACUGAUGCCUGCCCUGAUCUACGCCCUGUGGAUCGAUCCAAAGAAUUACGUGGACGUGACCCGGCGCUGGCAUGCAGAAAACAUCUCCUUCCCGUUCAACUUUUUUCUGCCCAGUCGCAUGCAGGGCAAGCAGCUUGAGAAACUGCGGUUCAUUAGGAGCAACCCAUCUUUGGAAGCUGGUGAUGAGACAGAGAAAGAGCUGUACUGUGAUGCUCAGGAGUGCAUGAAUCUACUCUCGCAGCGCCUAGGUUCCAACAAAUUCUUCUUUGGGGAUUCGCCUUCCUCUCUGGAUGCCUAUGUGUUUGGUCAUUUAGCCCCGCUACUGAAAAUCAAGCUUCCCAGUGGCAGGCUCCAACAGCACCUGAUGUCUCUGGACAACCUGAACAGAUUCUGCUCUGAUAUCCUGUCUGUCUACUUCCCAAAUGAGAAUGUUGGAUAUAAGGUGUCCAGCCAGGCAGAAGGCAAUGAUUUUGACAACGACCCAAACAAGAGACGCAAGCAGCUGCUGUCAGUGCUGGUGGCAGUGGGGGCCAUGCUGUGCUAUGCUCUCCUGACAGGAAUCGUGGCCAUUGAGCAUGUCCAUGACCAAGAGGAACCCUCUAUAUCAGCCGGUCUCCAUGGACCCUCCCAAGAUGAAGAUGAAGAGGAGUAAUGAGACCACGGGGAACUGGGAGCUUUGACUGUGGGUUGUGAUAUGCAGCUGUGUGGACCAAUUGGAAUGACUUGGAUAUUUACCUUUAAAAGAAGAAGAAAAUUGGUGGACCAUUAGAUUUUUUCUUAAAUUUCCCAAUAGUUUGCAAUUAGUCAUUCAUUGCAUGAUAAUCAUUGAUCAAUCAAUUUCUGACAGGGUAUGAGGAAUGUCAUUACAAUCACUUUGUGUUAUUGAAGCAUCGCCAAAUUGCUUAUACUUUAGGUUAUUGCUUAUUACUACAUUUAGGAGGAUAUUUUAGAUGUACCAAGCAUGCUGAUGACAUUCCUUUGUUUGUCUAAUCAUUAGUGCCAGUUAAAAUCAAUGAAUAUGUUAACCAAAAAUGCCCUCAAAGAUAUCACACAAUUUUCUCAGAUCAUGAGACAAAGCAUUAUGAAAAUUACUAGUUAUAGCUUGUUUAAAAGACUGAAUUCCUAAGGAUCUACUUUGCCUUAUUUCUGUGAGACUUCUUUGUAAUUUUCCUGCUGGUUUCAGGGUUGCAAUCGAUUCAGUUCGUUUUCUGAUAACUUUUGUAUUCUAUUGAAAUAAUUUAUGUUAAUUUUGGAUUCAUCUACAAGUGGAGCUUACAGUGGUCUGACCAUUGUUGCCCCUUCUUUAAAGCCCAGACCAAAAUGACUGAGAUUGUUUCAGCGAUAUAGGAUGGAUGGAAGGUGUUGUUCUGAAUGCUGCUGAUCACCACUGUUAACCAAAAUGAAUGAAUGGACGAACGAACAAGUAAAAUUUGUACUUUAGGUCUCAUGUUUAAAACCAUUCCUAAUUCAGUGUGUUCUUCAGAGAGAAAGCUCUUAGUUGAUGGUCAUGUAGUAUCUACUCUUAAACACUCUUGAAUACUCUUGAAUAUUUAAGAGCAAGUAGAAUUACGUCUUCUAUUAGACAAACUUGGCAAAUUUUCUGUUAAUUUAUAACUUGGCAAAGCUAACUUUAUCUCCGCAACACUGCGAAUAAUAUAACCAAAAAUGGUAGUUACCGGGAUUGAGAUAGGUUAACAAACCAUAGAAUAAAUAUAAUAAAUGGAACAGUGACAAGCUCUAUCUUCAGUGAGAUUCUAUUGGCUUAUGGCUGUAACACCAGUCAGCCAUCACAAUGGAAAAGUAGCCACCUCACCAACUCCCAUUCAAAGCUUAGCUACUGCACAUGAGUGGAAAUAAUGUUGUUAUUGGACAUCAGUUUGAAAGUUAUUUAGCCAAAGGGGAGUGUGCUUUCCUUAAUGGUUUCACACUGACAAAAUGCCCUGCUAAUAGACAGCUGCUUAAGAAAUCAUCUUGCAUUUAAACAGAUGAUCUCCUUUUAAACUGAGUAUCGCUUUAUGUUGAACAAGGAUAUUGUAUCUUGAAAUUGCUUUGCAUUUCCUAUGCAUCUGAAAAAAUCAACAAGUUGUAAAAUCUUCAUGAUCCUGCAUUUUGCUAGGCCCAUUUUGUGAUGGACUAGAUCAGUCUUACCUAAAAUAUGAAAGGCUUGCUUUUGUGUUUUGUUGUUAUUUGGCAGGCUGCUAUUCACAGAUUACCUGUUGUCCUGUUGGUGAACGAAAAGUUUUCCGGAAAUUAAAGCUACGGGCUAUGUCAGGCCAGGAUUUGGUUAGAUCAGUGGGGUAUAAAAUUGAAAUGCCAGACUGUCUGAAGACUUUAAAAAAGAUCUGUUGUCAAAACUAAGCUAGAAGGACAUUGGUGAGUUUUGUGAAUUAUUUAAGCUAAAAAAAAAUCUUAGUUUGGCCUUUUUAUUGUAUUGUGUAUUUUAAUUUUUAUGCCAAAUUCACAUGAAAAUAUCUUCCAAAUGUAGAUAUGUAUUUAUCUAUAGCAGUGUAGUAAUAUGGAGAUGUGUGUGUGUGGGGGGGAGGAAUCAUAUAAUUUUUGACAUUUUGUGGAGUAUGCCUUUUAAGACAAAAAGUCAUUCACUUGAAUCCCUUGUUGACGUAGAGAUAAUGUCAUGGGAAGAAAAUUUCUCACAGAUUGUCGUCCUGGGAAUAGCCCGCAUUGGUGAAUCGCUCUGACAUUUUGUCUUGCCAGAGUGCUCUCUGGUUAAUGUUAGUCAUUAACCCUUGAGCAAAAAUAUUAUGCCCUAAAGUGGGAGUGAGGUUGGUGCCUCUUCCCUCACCCACUGAUACAUCUGCACAUUUACUUAUCUUGUGGCCAUGCUUGCAACGUACUUGUGUGCUUGGCCAUAGUUGUAUUUUAUUUUAUUUUGUUGUUUUUUUUUUGUUUUUUUUUUACAUUUUUGUCAGGAAUCAAAAAUACAAAUAAUCAAAAAUCGCAAUUCAAAACAGUAUUUAAAUUUCAGCCUUUGCACCCCGAUCUGAUUAAGUGAGAUGAAUUUUCCAUGUUGGAUAUUUUGUAAAAGUGUCCAUGUGUUGUGCAGAAUGAGAGGACUUGUACUUCUUCCAACCUAACAGCCAUUUUGUUAAAGUGGAAAAAAAAAUCAGCCGUGAGUAUUUCCAGCAUGGUAUGCUUGAAGCACUUAAAUAUGAUGGAACAAAUAUUUAACAGUGUUAUGAUUUAACAAUAGAUAUCUAUUCAUAUUUAUCACAUUGACAGACCACUACCAUUCCCAGUGAAUUGAUUAUUGAAACACUGAAUCACUUUCUGAGUGUAGUUUUAACUUCACUUAAGGAACCCCAUUCCACCUUAUAUCAAAGAGACUUCUACAGAUUCCCACAUAGUAAUGCUAUGAUAUUUUGUGAGAUGUUGAACAGCUUUACAACUAAAAAGCAAAUCUUUUGUGAUUUGCAGUCAAAAUAGCAGCAGCUUCACUACUGUAAUGAGUGUAUGUAUCUGUUUUCUUUUACCAAAGAGUGGCUUCUCUGUGAUGCUGUGACAGGUCAAAAAGCGUUGUUCAAUAAACGAAGCGGAAAUGUG